ACAAGUCCCUGCAGGUCGUCCAGUGUAAGGUCUCCCGCACUCACGAGUCAACAUGUACAAGCUGGUCAUCUUCGCCGCCGUAAUGGCCACCGCCGCCGCCGCCCCCAAGCCGGGCUUCCUGGGAGGCGCCGCCUACGCCGCCCCUCUGGCCUACAGCGCGCCGCUGGCCUACGCCGGCCCCGCCUACCACUCGUACGCCGCCCCCGCCUACAUAAAGUCGUACGCCGCCCCCGCCUUCAUCAAAUCUUACGCCGCUCCCACGAUCAUCAAGUCGUACGCGGCCCCCGCUCUCAUCAAGACGACGUACGCCGCCCCCGCGUUCAUCAAGACGACUUACGCCGCCCCCGCGCUCAUCAAGACCUCGUACGCCGCCCCACUGGCGCUGUCGGCGCACUCCAUCUGGUGAAGAAACCAGUAACUGCGAUGUCUGGUCACACAUCAAGUUGCCUGCGUUAACAUCGUUGUCCCUUCUCAACCAGCUUUAAUUUUUGUACUGUUCAAGUUUUGUAAGUAAAACAUUGUUUAUCAAA